AUGAAACAAUAUCAACAAGAGUUGGGAUGCCAUUUUCAAGUUAUUGAUGAAAAUACAGAUGCUUUGGGGAAUUCCGAAAGGUUACUGAAUGCAGUAAUACUGAGUGGUCACAAGCUCUAUGUUUGCAUCAAUGAAUAUGAUGGUGGUAUGAAUGAAGCCCUCAAAAACGAAACACUCCUCCAAUCAUCACAAAAAUGA